GCCAUGGAUAACUCCGGGAAGGAGAAGGAGGCCAUGCAGCUGCUGGCUGAGGCCGACAAGAAAAUAAAAUCCUCGCAGUCCUUCUUCUCCGGCCUGUUCGGUGGCUCCUCAAAGGUGGAAGAAGCUUGUGACCUCUACGCCCGGGCUGCGAACAUGUUUAAAAUGGUGGUAAUCGCUGCUAAUGCUUUCUGCCAAGCUGCCCAGCUUCAUCUACAAGUCCAGAGCAAGCAUGAUGCAGCGACAAACUUUGUGGAUGCUGGCAAUGCCUUCAAAAAGUCUGAUCCUCAAGAAGCCAUCAACUGCCUGCUUCGAGCAAUUGAGAUCUACACUGAUAUGGGAAGAUUCACCAUUGCAGCCAAACAUCACAUAUCCAUCGCUGAAAUAUACGAGUCCGAGCUGGUGGAUAUAGAGAAGGCAAUUGCACACUAUGAACAGUCAGCUGAUUACUACAAGGGCGAGGAGUCCAACAGUUCUGCUAACAAAUGUCUUCUGAAGGUCGCCACUUACACAGCUCAGCUGGAACAGUAUGCAAAAGCUGUUGAAAUCUAUGAACAGGUUGGUACCAAUGCGAUGGACAGUCCUCUACUCAAAUACAGUGCCAAGGAUUAUUUCUUCAAAGCUGCCCUCUGCCAUUUCUGCAUCGACAUGUACAACGCCAAGAUGGCAGUCCAGAAAUAUGAGGAAAUGUUUCCAGCUUUUUCUGAUUCCAGGGAGUGCAAGCUAGUAAAGAAACUGCUUGAUGCUCAUGAAGAACAAAACCUGGACAACUAUACAGAUGCAGUAAAAGAAUCAAGAUGA